AUGUCACGACGCAUCUUAGUUACAUCGGAAACCCCAUUAAAUAUCGUGGAUCCUUAUUAUUGCCACUCGUUCCCAUCCUACUCCAAUGAAUUUGGUACCGACAAAGACUACCUGAAAAUUCGCUUCACCGAAACUAUGAAUGUAAUCGAAAAAAUGGAUGGGAUCGUCGACGCGGAUUUUGUAAUCAAUAGGACUUACCCCAGCCCUUUUGAUCAGCAAUUUACGCUGCUAAUGGAGGCCAGCCUGAAUGGCCAAAUAAAAAUUGUUAAGGCGUUGUUUGACAGAUUUAAUGUUGCGGUGGACAACACAGGAGAUGUAGUUCAUUUUGGUUCACUCGUCAAAGGGGCUACAGCACUUUGGUGUGCGGCUGGAACUGGGUCCAUGGAAGUAGUAAAAAUUCUUGUUGAGAAUGGUGCAAAUGUUAACUUUCUUACUGAAACUAAGUCAUCUCCAUUACGAGCAGCUUGUUAUUUAGGACAUCUUAAUAUUGUUGAAUAUUUGGUUGAACAUGGAGCAAAUGUUAAUUUAACCAAUAUAUAUAAUAGUACAUGUCUUAUGAUUGCUUCUCAUAAUAAUCAUAAAGAAGUUGUUGAAUAUUUGUUGAGAAAGGGAGCUGAUAUUAAUAUACAAACUAAUUGUGGAUCUACUGCCAUGCACUUUGCUGCACAAGCUGAUAAUUUGGAAAUUGCUAAACUACUCAUCGAAUUUAAUGCUCAACAACUAAAAAAUCGGCAAUCUCUGACUCCAAUUUUGGUGGCAGCUGAAAGAACACAUCAUGAUUUUGUAUAUUGUCUCAUUGAUGAGAUGAACCAAUUAAAUUUAACCCGGGAAGAGAUGAUAGAGGCUGAAGAGUUACUAGGUGCUUCGUUUUUAAAUGACAAAGAUCAUUAUGACUUACAUCGGGGAUAUAAUAUUUUGGUUCGAGCGAUGAAAAGGCGGUACGAGAAGCAUCCAAUUAUAAACAAAAAAGUUAACAAAACCGUCGAAUGUUACAAUAACAAAGUAGAAUGUCAAACCGUACAAGAAUUAUUAGAUAUAAAAGACAAUGCUGAAGCUAUACAUUUUGAAUCACUGAUAAUUAGAGAACGGAUUUUAGGAGAAAACAAUCCAGAUUUAUUACAAUCAAUCAUAUACCGUGGUGCUGUAUAUGCAGAUGCACACAAUUUUACACCAUGUAUACUUCUCUGGAAUCAUGCCUUAAAAAUUGCUAAUCACAAUAAACAUAGCGUUCAUAGAGAUCUUUUACGAUUCACACAGGUGUUUUGUCAAAUGAUUAAAAAUAAUAUUAAAAUCAAAUUAUCAGAUUUAAAGAAUAUUUUACAAUCUGCAUGUGAUGAAUUAAUUAUUAUUAAAAAAAAAUUAUCUGAAGUCGAUUGUUCAGCUGAAAAGGAAUUAUCAAAGAAUGAAUACUAUUCAAACAUGAAGUCGACACUUGGUUUGAUUAUUAUAACCAGUAUCGCAUUAUUACAAAAUAAUAAUAAUGAAGAUCCCUUGGUAGGUGAUUUGAUGAAAGUUAUAGUGGAAAUAAAUAAACUUGAACUUAAAACAAAUAAAGGCCAAACAUUGCUUCAUUUAUGUCUUAAUUAUGAUACAAAUGUUGACAAUAUUUUCACAACAGGAAUUUGCUGCUUUCCAAACUUUCUUGCAAUGAAAUUAUUAGUUCAUUGCGGAGCAAACGUAGAUGCAGUUGACAAUGAUAAAAAUACAGCCCUCCAUUACAUUGGUAAAUUCAUAACAGAUUUUCCUCACAUACCACACGACAGUGAUUACUUAGACACAAGAAAAAUGGUCAUGGAGUUGUUGAAUGCUGGUGCUCAUACAGAUUUUGUAAACAAAUUGGGGGUUUGUCCUCAUACAGGAUAUCUGUCGAAGUUAUUUCAUUUAACAAACAAUAUGCCAAGGAGUUUGAAAUGUUUAUCUGCCAGUGUGCUCAAGUACCGAUGUCCAAAAAAAUAUUACCGCAAUCAAUUGCCAAAAACAUUAGUACAAUUUACUAAUUUACAUUAA